GUGUUGCACUAACUGGGUUCGUGUUCAGCAGCAUCUGCUCUGCCGUUUUGCCGCUGUUAGUGGUGGACUGACCUAGCCUGGUCCUUUGCGGUGAUCUCGUGUGGAUAUUUCGCUCGUCUGGGAAAACUUACCGCCUCGCGUGAGUCCUCAGAUUUAGGAUGUGACGCCUCGAAGGGCGCAUCUGUUCCUUGGAAGUCCUUGGAUUCAGUGACGUGGGGUAUUUUUGAACGAACGUCAUGGAUUCAGACCUACAGCAAUUUAACCUGAGAUGUUGAAUAACAAAGACAUUACUGGCAACAUAGAAAUUCCGGAGACAACUGUCAUUAUUUAGAAGAUGAACGCACCACAGGGGCCAUUAACUUGAAAGUCAUGCUUCAAGAAUAUUAUGGUGUACAUCAGAAAAGCAACAGAAGGUGAUAGCAGACACAGGAAGAAGAGAGAGGGAUCAGUUAGUCAUUAGGGGAGAGAAGACAAACUAACAAACUGAUAAACACAUAGGUAAAAAUGUCAGUAAAUUGCUGAAACGAGAUUCGCUCUGGGGUCGCGAUGCGUCGCGGGGAAUCUUCGCUUGAAGUUUUGGAGGUCCGGGUAACGGAACUUAGAUGAGCCGGGGCACUCUCUGCUUACCAGUGGCAAAAGCAUCAUGGCAACAGACACCCCCCAAGCAGAGCAAGCAGACUCGGCAUGACCGUUCGAAAAAGACCCAAGUUCAAAGACCGACCUCCUCCUCCCCCUCCUCCUCCUCCUCCUCUUCCCGGGGGGACCUCGUCGUUGACUGCUGCAGAUUGCGCGAGGAUCAUCAGAGAUGACCUCCUCCCGGCUGCGAUGACCAGGAUCCCACCGGGGCGGUUCUCGAAGGACAAGAGAAGAGACGACGCCCUUUGGAACUGGGCCGGUCGUUUCUUGGCCCUAAAUAUCCUUCUGGGAUUCCUGGUCGUCAGAGGAGCCGCUCAGGACACGACGAUCAAACUUCGUCAGGGGACGAUUCAAGGGGUCAAGCAAGAGUCAAAUAACCGGAAUAUAUACGCAUACUUGGGUAUCCCUUACGCAAAACCGCCUGUUGGUGACCGUAGGUUUAAGCCACCACAGCGACAUGACGGCUGGACCACCACGAAGUACGCCACGGAAUUCGGAGCUGCCUGCCCUCAGCCGUUCCUCACAGGCGUGAAGAUUUCUGAGGACUGCCUUACCCUGAAUGUCUGGAUUCCACAGUUACCCCGAGGGACGAGGAAGUACCCGGUGGUGGUGAUGCUGGAGGGAGAGAUGUUCAUCACUUCAUCUCCAUCUCGGUUCCCUGGGGAAGAUUUGUCCUCGACCGACAUCGUCGUCGUCUCCAUCAACUAUCGCACCAACGCCUUCGGCUUCCUGUCUUGGCAAGAUGGCGUCUUGCCAGGAAACCUGGGAUUACGCGAUCAGUCUCUGGCCAUCCAGUGGGUCUCCGAAAACAUCGAUGUGUUUGGAGGUGACCUCUCCAGGAUCACUAUCCUGGGUCACUCCGCAGGUGCGGCUUCUGCGGCCUAUCAUUUGGUUCACCCUUGGGGUCAAGGAGCGUUCCAGCAAAUGAUUCUUCUUUCUGGAUCGAACCUUUCUCCAUGGGCACUCAGCAGAAAUCCACGAAUCGCUUCCAGGAGGCUGUCGGAGCAUCUGGGCUGUGGAAGCGUCUACAGCUCGACCUACCUACUGGAUUGCCUCAAGAGUAAGAACACCAACCAGAUCAUCAAGGCGGUCGAGAGACUGAUAGAGGAAGGGAACCCUUACUACCUGUUUGCACCUGCGGUGGACGACUUUCUCCCCCAGGGAGAGAGCAUGGUGCCUGUGGAGCCCUUGAGAGCGAUGAGGGAGAACGCCAACAGGAGAAUACCGGUGUUAGUGGGCCUCUCCGAACUGGAUGGCUCUGUCCUCCUCUACAUCAAACGAGAAAUCGUCCACAUGAGCUACGACGACCUGAUGCGCUACUCACACGAAAUAUUGGUCCCCCUGGUGACGACGCUGGCGAAUUUGGGGGAGGACCCUACGGCUGUCAACAGGAUGAUCGAGUACGCUUAUCUGGACAAAGCUCCCGACAACCGGAAGGAUAUGCUGGUGCUCGAGAUCGUCAAGAUGUUCACAGACGGGCUGUUCAAGGCUCCCACCGUCAGAUUCGCGGAAGAAGCAUCUGAGAGAGGCCUCACGACUUUCCUCUUGGUGAAUGAGUUUCAGUCCAGGGACAUUUACGAUUCUCACACCAACAUCUCAGGUGCUCUGCACGGAACAGAGAUGGUCUACCUCUUCUCGCCCACGGCUUACAGACAAGUCUUCAAUGCUCAGCUGAACUACAAUGAAGAAAUCAUUAGUGACAACAUCAAGAGAAUCGUCUAUACUUUCGCAAACAGUGGAAAACCAGAACUGACGCAGUACGCGCCUAAGUGGGAGAAAUACACCCCACAGACGCCCAGGUACGCGUCCUUGAAGUCCAACCAGAUCCAUCAGGGGUACCAACAUCACUUGAUAGCCUUUUGGAACAACCUCCUGCCGGAGCUAGGAGCCAUGGCCUUCGGUAGGACUUCUCCUGGGGGUUCGACAGGAUACCCUCCGAUACCGACAGGUAGCCACCCUUCCUUCACUGACACCCAGAUCAUUACAGGUGAGCCCUCCACUGACCAGCCGGUCCAGUACCAGUCAGCAGUAUGGGUGUUAGUCGCGAUCAUCCUUCUCCUGGUGGGCGUAAUCAUAGCAUACAUUGUCUGCGCCAAGCGACGGAAGAGGCAGAACUCAGGCAGUCUUCAGGAUCAAUGACAGACAGAAAC